AUGUUCAAACCACCACUACCAAACCAAAGAAUGUCAAGUAAAGCUUUAGAGUAGCCGUUGAUUCAGAUUCGAAGCAUAGGAUCAAGCCAAGGUAAUCGUCCCAAUAGAACCUCCAGUGGUUCUAAUUAUAGACCAGGAUCAAGUUCGAGAUCUUAAAGUUGUUCUAAAAUAGAUCUGCACUCUAAAUAUGGUGUACCAUUGGUGACAGCUCAAAACUUUAUUGUAAUGAAUGGUAUUGAUGGAUAACAUUUGACAAACUUUAAUUCAAAAAAGAGAGUAUAAGUUGCCUCACUUACUAAGUUGAUGACAUGCUACGUAGCGAUCUAAUUAAUUAGAGAUCUCAAGCUCAAUCUUUAUUAGAUUGUGUACGUUAGUUAUGAUGUAUAUAUUUUAACAUUUAAGGCUGUUUAAAUCUCAGGAACUUCAGCAUUUUUACAUCCCUAUGAUAGAAUUACCCUAUAUGAUUUACUACAUGGCUUAAUGUUGCCUUCUGGGAAUGAUGCUGCAAAUGUAAUCGCAGAAAACCUCUCGUAAUGUGUUAAAGAUCCUGUUUCCAACAUCGCCUUACAUUACAGGAUUCAACCGUUUAUUUCACUUAUGAAUUAAUACGCACUUCAACUCGAAAUGAAUGAUACUUAAUUCUACAAUCCGCAUGGAUUAUCAAAUGAUCAAUCGUAUUCAUGUGCUGAAGAUUUGGCAAUCCUAUGCAAAUAAAUUAUCAAUGACCCAAUGUUAAUGGAAAUAGUGAAUAAAAAAGAGCAUUAAGCAACUAAUAAACUUAUAAAUUUGACUUGGAAGAAUACUAACAGGAUGUUGGAGUACGAAGGCUAUUGUGGAUUUAAGACAGGAUUUACCAAUAAGGCUGGGCCAUGUCUUGCUACUUUAUUUAAAAACGACUAAAUUUGCCUUAUUAUAAUUAUUUUGAAUUGUCUAUCUAAGGAAGUUCGGUGGGAUGAUACAAUUAAGCUGUCAAAUUGGGCUCAAAGAAAGCUAGAUGUAGAUUGAUUUAUUAAUUAAAUUUCAUAUUCAUUCAUAUAGAUUCGGUUAUAUAUAAAA